UUCUGUCGCAUGCCGUAGUUUAUCAACGCGGAAGCUAAAAUGAAUGGCUACAUUGCUAACUGGUAUUAGUGUUUUUAUCCCAUAUAUACGUAUAAACAUUGACUGUUUGCUACUUUUCCUGAGAGACGGACAUGUUGCGGGGUAACACGCAGCUUGGCGGGUUGUCCCUGUGAUGCGUGGCAGCUGCAGCUCCUGUGUGUCGUCAGCGAGUUGUCCCAUUCAAAUAAGUUAGUCGCUCCGUAAACCACCAUGAGAGUCCGCUCGUCUGUGUUCGCCUGCUUCAUUUUAAUAUUUGAAGUGCUUGGCGUUGCCCUCUUCCUGAGGGGCUUCUUCCCUGUUCCUGUAAAGUCUUCUUUCUCCUCCAAGAGCAAGCUGUCGGAUUUACCUGCGGAGCCGCUGGCAGGAAGCCCUCCCAACUCCACCCGCCUGCCCCAGCCCCUGUUCAGGAGGGUCGUCCUCAUGGUGGUGGAUGCCCUCCGAGAGGACUUCGUGUUCGGACCCGCCGGGGGGUCCCACAUGCCCUACACCCGGUACCUGGUGGAGAAAGGCUCGUCCCACAGCUUCGUGGCCAAGGCAAGACCUCCCACUGUCACCAUGCCAAGGAUCAAGGCUCUCACCACCGGCAGCAUCCCGGGCUUCAUCGACGUGGUAAUGAACCUGAAUUCCCCCGCCCUCCUGGAGGACAACCUCAUCUGGCAGGCCAAAACGGCCGGCAAGCGCAUCGUCUUCUACGGGGACGACACGUGGGUCCGCCUCUUCCCGAAGCACUUCCUGGAGUACGACGGAACAACCUCGUUCUUCGUGUCCGACUACACCGAGGUGGACAACAACGUGACCCGCCACCUGGACAGCACCCUGAAGAGAGACGACUGGGACGUGCUGAUCCUCCACUACCUGGGCCUGGACCACAUCGGCCACAUCAGCGGGCCCCACAGCUCGCUCGUCCGACCCAAGCUGCUGGAGAUGGACGACGUCCUGAAGAAGAUCCACGGUUCCCUCGUUUCCAAGGAGGCUGAGGGAUCUCUGCCCUACCUGCUGGUGCUGUGCGGAGACCACGGCAUGACCGAGACCGGCAGCCACGGGGGCUCCUCGGAGCCAGAAGUCAACACGGCUCUGGUGCUCAUCAGUCCAGCCUUCAAAAGAAAAGUGGGAAUGGAGCGGCCCGGCGAGGUGGAGCAGGUCGACCUGGCCCCGACGCUGGCCCUGGGCCUGGGGCUGCCCGUGCCCCAGAACAGCGUCGGCCGCGUCAUCCCCGGCGUGCUGGAGGAACGGUCGCUGCGGGACCAGCUGCGCUUCCUGCACCUCAACGGCCACCAGCUCAGCUGCCUGCUCCGAGACAGCGCGCCCGACUACCAGAAAGAGGCCGGCUUCGAACAGUUUCGUGUGGCAGAAAAGGCUCAUGGGAGCUGGAUGAAGCUCUACCUGGAAGGAAACACCUCUGAGGUUCUGACCAACAUGGGCAAAAAAGUCCUGAAGCAGUACCUGGAGGCGCUGGCUGCCAUGAGUUCUGCUCUGAGCAAACAGCUGGGCAAAUACGACAUGUACUCCAUGAUCGCAGGAAUGGUGUUUGUGUUCCAGCUCCUGCUGGUCUUACUGCUGGCGAUGCCCGAAGCCCUCAGCAGCGCCGCGGCAGUGGACCUUCCGGUGCUCUCCUCCCUGCUCUCCCUGCCUUUCUACCUCCUGUGCCUGCUCCUUGCCUCCGUGCACGUGUUGGUGUGCACGUCUGCGGAGAGCUCCUGUUACUUCUGCAGCCUCUCCUGGGGCCUCGUGUUUGCCGCCGUCGCCUUCUCCUCGGCAACGUUUUGCAUUCUGAUCUCCGUGGCGACACGGAGGCUCCCGUUCGGACCCACGGUUCAUGGGAAGUCUCCUGUGCGGAGCUCCGGCGGGGAGUGGUCGCUGUCGGAGCUCGACGUCCUGCUGCUGGCCGGAACCAUCGGCCACACGCUCAGCCUGGCGGCGAGCAGCUUCGUCGAAGAGGAGCACCAGACCUGGUACUUCCUGCUCAACACGCUCUGCCUCGCCGUCUUCCAGGACGUGUGCAGGAAGUACUUCAGGGAGCCGAGGGGCUCCGGAGACGAAGAGGAGCACCUCCUUCCGUCCAAGGACAGCCACUCCUCUGCUCACUCCAAACAGGAGGUUGUCUCGGAGAAGUGGCUGGCGCUGGCCACGCCCCCCUUCACCCUGCUUUGCUGCCGGCUGCUUCGCUCCCUCAACCAGACAGGAGUGCAGUGGGCCCACCUGCCAGACGUCAGCCACUGGCUCAACAGCUCCGAACAUAAGACGGUCCUGUCCCUGCUGUCCGCGCUCUGCUUGCUCCUCAUCUACCUCCUGGUUCAGAGACGCUGCUCGCUCGUCUCCAAGGUCGCCCUGGCGCUCGGACUCCUGGGCGUCUACAGCUACCGGGCAGCUGUCGGCAGUGUCCUGUUUCCCUGGCAACGCUCCGGCCGAGCCGCGUCCACGGGAACGGUGGAGGCUCGCUUUGUCUACGUCUUCGUCCUGGGCAUCCUCUUCUCGGGCACCAAGGACCUGCUGAGAUCCCAGAUUGUCACGGCAGACGCAAAGCUGAAGAGCAGGGGAUUGUGGGAGAUUUACAGUGGCCUGGUGCUGCUGGUUUCGCUCCUGUUCCGGGCCCACAACCUGCCGGUGCUGUGCUGCGGACUCCUCAUCCAGACACUCAUGGCUCAGUUCAUCUGGAAGAAGCUCCACUAUGACGCGGCCCAGACCACCAUCAUGCACUACUGGUUUGGCCAAGCCUUCUUUUACUUUCAGGGAAACUCCAACAACAUUGGCACCGUCGACAUUUCUGUGGGCUUUGUUGGUCUGGAAAGCUACAUCGAAGCGCCUGCCAUCUUUUUAACAGCUCUCAGCACUUACGCAGGUCCCCUGCUCUGGGCCUGUCACCUCGUCUGCUACCUGAGCUCGGAGAGAGAAAGGAGCCCGGUCGCCGUCGGCCACGGCUGCUACUGCUUGGCCCUGCUGAGGUCGGUGCCGGCCGCCGCCUACAUCGUCCUGGUGACAGCCCUGCGCUACCACCUCUUCAUCUGGAGCGUUUUCUCGCCCAAGCUGCUGUACGAGUCCAUGCAGCUGCUGCUGAGUGCGGGAGUGUGUCUCGUCUUCAUCACCAUGGAGCAAAGUCCCGGCUCCACCAAACUGGGAGGCGACUUCGAUCCAAAGCAACGAGCGGAGCGGUGAAACGGUGACGCUCACCUCUAUUCCCAACACUGAUCCAAGUUGCUCACAGAGCUGCCCGAGUGACCCAGCCUCUCCCCGUCCUGGAACUGUGGGCAUCGUUUGAGUAAUGAGAGCAGCUGCCGAGCCAAGGAGCAACACACGAAGCAGAAACUAACACUAUCUGAACUGUUAUUUCUGUUGGCAUCGGUGAUGUGAAGGACCAUCUGCGACUCCUUCAGAGCUCCGCAUUGAUUACAACCCCUCACCCCCUGCCCUUUGAGGUCUGAGCAAAAAAAUAAAUAAAAUAAGGGAGAAGUAAAAGAUCGAGCUGAAAGAUGCAACAGUUUGCGGCGUUUCAGCUCCAGGCAGAGAAGCCGAUUGUUCCCACCCUCAUCGCUCGUCACUCGGCUCGCCUGCGUUGCGGAACAACUUCUCGCCCGAGGCAGAGUUCCCCGACGAGGCAGAGUUCCCCGACGAGGCAAAGUUCCCCGACGAGGCAGAGUUCCCCGACGAGGCAGAGUUCCCCGACGAGGCAGAGUUCCCCGACGAGGCAGAGUUCCCCGACGAGGCAGAGUUCCCCGACGAGGCAGAGUUCCCCGACGAGGCAGAGUUCCCCGACGAGGCAGAGUUCCCCGACGAGGCAGAGUUCCCCGACGAGGCCGGCCCGCCACAGGCGCGACAUCGCGCCCGGGGACGUUCGGCGCGUUCGCUCCUGCGCAGAUUCCCGCCGUGUCCGGAUGUAGCUCAGGCCUUCAGUUUUCGCCGUGGCUCACCUUGACUGGGACCGACAGACAGAAUGCAAAUGUCCCUGGACACGCGGCAGGAUUUCCGCCGGAGUUCAGAGAGUCUGCGGCGGGAAGACGCGCUGCAUAUGGAUCACUGCGGGUCGGGUCCUCUCCGUCAGAGAGAAAGACACGUUCAGUUGAGAGCUCAAAGUUAAUUUGGCCUUUUUCUAAACCGACAGAAUGCUACUGUCAAGUGCCUUUUCCGCUCUUUGGCUCAACAGGGAAUCUCUGCCAGACUUCAAACAAAGUCUGCCAUAAAUAGUUUAUGAGCCAGAUAAUAAUCUACAUGACUCUGAGGAUUAGUGUGUCAGUGCUCGGUAUGCUCCACAUCUCUGUCCGACAGGCUCUGCAUUGUCUUUCCAAACUGAGCUUCUAAUCCACACAGAUGCUACGGAGUUCUCCUAAAUGUGACGUUCAAGGACAACACCACCAGUCACAUCAGUUACUAUCAUGGCAAACCAUAAAGGAAUAGAAAAACCAACAGUCAUGAUGAACAAACUGGUGUCAAACAGUAAAUGUUGUACAUCCGGGUUAUAGAGCAUCUGAAUAAAAUGGGUUGUUCCAGA